AUUAUAAACAUUUCUGGAGAAAGAUGACAUUCUUUAGAAUGAAAGCGUUGAGGGGAGAUCAUCUGUGUCUUCUCCCCUGUUAUCAUGUUGUCUGCCUCGUUUGCACGAUGAUAGUGGUCAAAGGAAACAACGUAGAGAACUGCGCAGAGCUAGUCUUUGGCAAUGACACAGACGAUGUCAUUCACGCCGUUACGAACCGCGACAUCACCGUGACGUUUGAUGUUGUGUUCGACAACUGUUCGUCCAAAGCUGAAGAAAUUCUCAUCAAAGUCACAGCAGACACGGCUGAUAACUCUGUCACUGAAUGCCACGUGAUCAGGAGUGCCACUGUGUGUGACGUGACCCGGAUGACGUCAUCGUGUCACUGCCUGUCGUCAUCAGGGCCCGUCGCCUUUACCAAGACAUUUAGUCGCCAUGGCAACGUGACGUACAGGUGGACAUGGUGUUGUUGGCGAUCGGAAAAAAAUUGUUUGUUGUGUCGGUCGGACCGCUCGUUCAAAACCAACCUGAUGCUGACCCUGAUGCUUCAACAUCGAAAGCUCGUCUCCACCGUCAUCUUUGGGGUCUCGUUCGUCUGUCUGUUUAUCGUCGGUGUCAUCGUGUCUGUUCUCUGCGUCAGGAAAGUCAAGCUACGCCGCAGUCAAGACCAGUCAUCUGCAAACGUCACGUGGUACAGAAGAGUGACCUCCCCUCGGCCUUCAGAGGCCUUCCCUGACGACAGGAGGAUUAGCAUCUCCGUCAACCUUGAUGACCUUCCUCUUCCUUCACUUCCUCGCUUAAUUUCACCUGCCCGGAUAUCCGCCUGCUCUGUGUCUGGCAAACGAACGUCUACCCCGGAUGGAUUUGACUCCGCUGACGACGUGUUUGCAGAGGAAGUGCGAUACUAUCCUGCCAACUGCUCACCCCGGGUGUCGGAUGUCACUGCCGCCCACACUAGUCUUUCCAGGAGUCACAAAAAUACCCGUAUCCUAUUUGACUAUGUAGUCACCAACUACCUAACUCCCAUGUCAUCCAGUAGCAACCGUCACAAGACUUUGCAGGGGAUGUCAACACGAGCAUCUGUCAGCGUAGGGUUCUACAAAAUUUGGUAAUCAGCUUAUGAUAUGUGUAAAUAAACAAAUAAAA